GGCAAGACUCUGGCCGAGUUCAGUGUGAAACCACCAUCCUCGAGAAUCAAUUUCUUCGCGCCGGACGUGCUUUCCGCGUGCAAGUUUUGCGUGCGUUUUGAUCGGCGAGAAAGCUCGUACGCGGUUCGGAAGAAUAAAAAAUUUUACAUCUCGUGAAGGAAAUUAUAGAGAAAGAUUAUCGCGAUGGCAUACAGCUGGGAUAAUCGCGUUAAUUUCAUAGUGAAAAUUCUGUAUGGUUAGUAGAUGCGGUGGAUAUUGCAAGGGUGGUCGAGGUAGAGGAGAGGACAACAAUUAGAAAGACAAUGUGAUUAUAUGAAGAGACAGCGCAUAAACACGCUACGAAAUUACGAAUUAUCGAAAAUUGGAAAUAUUGAUAACAACGGAUAUUUGGACAAGCAUGAUUUCGAAUGCAUGGCAUUAAGAAUGACGAUCAUCGAAGGUAAAGGCGAGUUUAAUUACAGUCGGUACCAAGAAAAUCUUCAUAUCAUGCUCUCUUUAUGGGAUGAAAUAGCUGAUCUGGCAGAUUUUGAUAAGAACGACGUUGUAACGAUAGAAGAAUUUAAAAAGGCUAUGCAAAGUAGCUGUGUUGGUCGUUCUUAUAACGAUUUUCCUCAAGCUAUGAAGAUGUUCAUUGAUAGUCACUUCAAAAUACUUGACAUAAAUGAGGACGGCGUAAUUGGAGCUGAAGAAUUUCGAUAUGAUUGUGCUUCAAGGAUUGCUGUGGAUAAUGUAGACAUCCUUGAUAAAGCUUAUCAAAGUCUUUUAAAUGAUGAUGACAGAAGACGCGGUGGAUUGAACUUAUCACGUUAUCAAGAAUUAUAUGCGCAAUUUCUCGGUAACCCUGACGACAAUUGUCCAGCAAUUUAUCUUUUUGGGCCAAUAGGACAAGAGUCAUAACUGAAAUACUCGUCGAAGCGAUGUCAAUCUUUAUUAUAAAAAGUUACCUUUUUAAAAAAAAAGAUAAAAAAGGCUCCAAGUGUACGCGCUCCUCAAAAAAUAACUGUUAUACAUAAUUAAAAAAAAAUAAAACCCAAGUGAGAUGUAUCUUCUUAUUCGUAUUCAAGGGUCUUCUUAUUUCAAUUCAAGCAGCAGUAUUUUUAAAUUUCAUUAAAAAAAAUUAUAUCA